CACAAUUCUCGCGAGGCUUGUGUAUCCACGUUAAUAGUCCUCUGAAUUUGUUGCACUUGCCGUCACCGGUAGGAAGGGCAUUGGUGUCAAAGACAAAGACUGUGAUACGUAUGUUUCUUGGUUUUUUUUAAAAAUGAAAAUAAUUUUUAGGUGUAUAUGUAAUGUCUAAUUAAUUUCAUCAACUUAUUAUUAAAUUUCAUUUAUGACUUCAGAUUUAAAAUGUCGAACACACUAGCAUCAGCUUUCCGAAACAAUGCUUUCGCCAAUCCAUUCUUCACUAAUGCCAAGUGUGAAAGCAAUGUUAGCCCCACAAGAACAAUUGCUGCUGCUGCAGGAGCAGAUUCAGGUAAAAUAUAAGUGGCAUGUUGUAUAAAUAUAUUAUAUAAUAAUUAGGAUGAUUAAGAUAAUAAGGAUUUUCAAAUUAGCUUAUGUUUAGCUUUAAACUUUAAGCACAUCUCAUCUCAUGAAUUAUGGUCAUGAUCCUGAAGUGGAGACAGGCUGACAGGUCUUCCAGUUCUGGUCAGUCACGAGUCACUACAUGUAGGAGCCACUUAGAUUCCAAUUAUUUUUAGUGGCUUUUAUUGCUUUGUAUUUGGUUCCUUCUGAACAUAGUAGUUUUCUGAAGUUUGUUUUUCAUAGAUUUUAACAAUUGAAUCCCUUCAGUGUCAUUGAAAAAUAUUGUACUUCAAACUGCAAGGUCAUUAAAUUAAGAAUUAUUUUAUUUGCUCUUGUCUUACUUACUAGUAAUAACUAGUAAGACUGCUGCUGUUAACAAUUAACAGUUCUGAUUGCCUAAAAGUGAUUAAGUCAAAAUUUUAAUCGUUCAGUCUAGCCUAUAAUUAUAAAUUAUUCUUUCAUAUUAAAGUUCAAACAGCCUUAAAAGUUAUAAGCCUUUAUCACAUUUUCACAUACAGUGCUUUUUAAACUAAUUGUAAUAGCUGUGUAGUCUCUAUUUACAAUGUACCCCUUUAACAUUGAUUUCAUUAAAUGGCCCAUUACUCGUUACUCAAGGCUGAUCAUUGAUAUCGAGAUGCAUUCAUUUUGUUGUCUUUUUAUUUUAUACCAUUAAAAUCACCAGGAGGUUACAAAGAAUGCACAAUAUAUUAAAAUUUCAUUUAAUAACAUUCAAUUGAAAUAAAAUACUAAAUUUGCAAAAGUGAAUUAUGAUAUUUCAAAUUUCUCAGAAAACAGCUGUGAGUUUGGCUCAGCAAAGUACUAUGCAUUGUGUGGAUUUGGUGGUCUUUUGAGUUGUGGAAUCACACACACAGCUGUGGUUCCUCUUGAUAUGGUAAAAUGUAGAAUCCAAGUCAACCCUGGUAAGUAUGGAGGAAUUGUCAAGGGCUUUAAGGUGACAAUCGCUGAAGAAGGAACAAGAGCACUUGCCAAAGGAUGGGCCCCAACCUUUUUUGGUUAUUCAAUGCAGGGAGUCUGCAAAUUUGGAUUCUAUGAGGCCUUCAAAAUCCUGUACACUGAACUCUUAGGAGAGGUACAUUAUACAUUUGUCAUCAUUCAUUAACUCUAAAAUUUUAUUAAAAUGUAAAAAUGUAUUUAAAAAAACAUGAAUUUUCAUCAGAAACGUACACUUGAUAUUUCAUUUCCCAUUAAAAAUAUGACAUUCGUUCACAGUCUUUAUUGCCAUAACCCUUUGUUUAGCUGAAAUCGAUAAUCAUAUUGAGAUUAGGGAUGGUUAAACUUUUAAUAUUUUUUUGGCAAACUAGUUUUUGGUUUUUACAAUUAGGAAUGCAUGGGACAGUGUACAUUUUUUGCUCUGAAAUAUAGACAUAUUUAUUUGGGGGGAAAGUGGGGCAGGAGGAAGGGUGUCUUGGGUGAGUUGACACUGCAUUCUAAACCUUUUAUCAUUCAUGUCAUAUCCAAAUAUUUUAUAAGACCAUACCAUUCACAUGCCUAGGGAAAGGGGACAGAAGGUUUUAUCACCUAAGGAGGCUGGAAAGGGGGUGGGGGGGUAUAUCAGCCCUAUAUGCUUUUAAUAGAUUAUUUUUCUCUUCCCACUGCAGUUUUCAUUGUGAUUUUUGGGAGUGGGGGAUUAUUGGAGACUGCAAUCUGCCAGCUCGUUAAUAUCCAUUAACACAAUAAAUGCUUGAAAUGAGGGGCCCUUUUUCCUUAAAAAAAUUGCAGUCACCAUAGGUUUUUAACCGUUAACUUCCCAUUGCCUUGACACCAAAGCAUCAAUUUUAUCUCUAUUGUUUGCAUUCUCUGGGAGACAUACAAACUGGUCAAGCAAAUCUUAAGGCAAUAUUUUUUUAAAUUCUACUGGCUGAGACUGAUAAUAUUUUAAUUUUCACCUGAUGUUGAGAAUAGCAAUCCAGGGGAAAGUCUUGGUAGUUGUAGCUGUGCUAUCACUAUAAUCAUCUAUAGAGUAAAGUCAUCAGGGCUCACAUUUUCAAAAGAAUCUAUCUCACACACUGACUCUAUUAAAUCCCUAGUUCAAUCUCUGAUGCUCUAAUCAUUGUCUCCCCUUUUAUCACCCUCAAUUCGUGACCCGUCCAUGACUUGAAAACGUUCACACUCGUUCGCACAACCCAAUAGUCACAACACACACACUCUCUCUGAUUUCAUGACCUUGACACUUGUGCUUUAAAAAAAAAUUAUUUUAUAUGAUAAAUUAUUUGAAAACCAGUUUGUGAAGAUCAUCAACCAGUUUUCAAUUCGAAAACAAGAAAUCUGUUUUUUUUAACACCUUAAUCCAGUUUCUGUAUUGAUAUUGAUCAGAACUUGUGUGUGCACGUAAUUAUUAUUAUACAUUGCUAUGAUAGGGCAUUUUACUAGUAGUACCAGACCUAAAUUAACUCUUUUUCUUUCCCCCAAUUUUUGCUCAUGAAGAUAAUCUAUCUAACUUUUUCUGUUUUUUUUGUAGGAUCUGAUGAUGUUUUUUCUAAAUAGUGCAAGGUCAUAUUUUAAAUUACCUUUCUUCAUAUUAAUACUGACUACAAUUGUCUAUUUUUGUUUGAAGGAAAAUUCCUACCUCUGGCGUACCAGUGUGUAUCUGGCAGCCAGUGCCUCUGCAGAGUUCUUUGCCGAUAUUGCCCUUUGCCCAAUGGAGGCAGUGAAAGUCCGUAUUCAGACUCAGCCGGGAUGGAGCACUACACUCAGGGAAGGUUUCCCAAGGAUUAUGAAAGAGGAAGGAAUUUCUGGGUAGAUAUUAUUUUAUAUCUGUAUUGAAUUUCCAUUUAACAAUAGUCUACCACUUGGUCUGUCAUUUACAGACCUGUUUACUCUUACGAUUUUGGCGUACAAUUUACGAUUUUGAGGUGUAUACAACAUAAAUGCUGUGUUUAUUUUUUUACUGUAAAUAUAAGGUAUUGAACCAUUUUGUGAUAUUGUACGAUUUUAAGAGUUUGGGGGUAAACAGGUAUGCAUUUAUUUACCAUUAUAUUAUAGAAAUAGAAGCAUGCAACAAUUGAACAACCAACUUCAUUUAACAGUUACCCUUGUUACUGGGGAUCAAGCAUUUUGUGUUUUAUCUGGUACAAUUUGCUUUCUCACAUCAGAGAUAAAAUGCAGAAAUGUAGAAUGUAUUAUAGUUAUAAUUAUAGCAGUAUAAAAAGUUUCACACCUUAUAUUGAUAUCAAAGUAAAUAGUUUUCACAUCAGUUCAAUUUACCUUCAAAUUAAAAAAUGAUUGACAUUUCUGACCAUCAUUUCUAAAUAAAUAAUGUCAUAGGUUUUACAAGGGUCUUGUGCCACUCUGGGCCCGUCAAAUCCCCUACACCAUGAUGAAGUUUGCCUGCUUUGAACGCACUGUUGAGGCUCUCUAUAAGUUUGUUGUGCCAAAACCACGUUCUGAAUGCAGCAAGGGGGAACAGCUAGUUGUCACUUUCUCAGCUGGUUACAUAGGUAAGUACCUGGUACUACUGUAAAAAGCUUUGAACAUUUUAUUCUAUUCACUCAAUAACCAUUCCAAACUUAUUUUUCAUCAGUUUUUUAGAUUUUAAUGGAAAUUCAUUUUUGUCUCACAGCUGGUGUCUUCUGUGCGAUUGUAUCUCAUCCUGCCGACACCAUUGUAUCAAAGCUCAACCAGGCAAAGGGCAGCAACUUCAUGGAUGUUGCCAAAUCUCUUGGACUUCUAGGUAGAGUAGCCAUUGUUUAGUUGCUAUUAUGUAUUUGAUAACACCAUGGAGUAGAGCUCUAAAUAAAAUGAAAAGUCUGAGUUUUUAUUUUCUGCUCAAUUUUUUUAUUUUUUUUUAGAAUAUAUCAUACAACAGCAAUACAUCAGUUACAUAUCACCUUACUAACCAGUGCAAAAUGUACCUUAUAUUGCAGUAUUUAUUUUAUUCUGUUUAUUUAAUCCCCCAAAAAAUGUCUGCAUUCCAGGUAUGUGGAAGGGUCUCUUUCCCAGGAUUAUUAUGAUUGGUACACUCACAGCUCUGCAGUGGUUCAUUUAUGAUUCAGUCAAAGUGGCUUUCAAACUACCCCGACCACCCCCACCAGAGAUGCCAGAAUCACUUAAACGCAAACUGGGAUUAAAUUGAUAAAGUAUUAGAUGUGUUAGUUUGGAGGCAACAGAAUACAUGAUUUUAGAAAGCUAAAUUUCCACCGUAUUAAUUUAACAAGUAAAUAACAAUUGAAUAAGAGCAAUGAAAGAUUCACUUGUUUCUUGGAAUGGGAGAAUGUUGUGUCAGAGGCGUUGGCCCAUGUACUUGAAAUAGUAGAAGUUGGUUUCCACCUAGAAUACUAAGUAGUUGCCAGCAAUGUUUGAAAAGUGUGUAUUUACUGAUGACUAGUGACUGCUUUAAAAAAGAUCAAUAUAUGAUGAACAGUUUUUGUUCUGGAAAAGAAUUUCAGUAUCAAUUAUAAUCUUAUAGAAACAUAAUUGUAAUAUAUUUAUUUGGAUUAAAAAAAAUAAAUAAAUACUUAUCACUUACCAAUUUUGCAACUUAUUUUGUGUACAUUAGCAACUUAUUUUGUUAAAGACUGUUAUUAGGUUGUUUGAGUAUACUAUAUAGUUUGGGGCUCAAGAUAAUAGAUACAUUUGGGUAUGCUGUUUUGUUAAAACUAGAUUACCUAUAUCAAGGAGGUGUAUUUCUGUACAUUAGUUUACAGUUGACCUAUUUAUGACCAUACUUACUUUUUCAUGAGGCAUAACGGACAGAAAAAUAAUAAAAAAUUGUUUAAAUUGACA